UAAUAAAAGUUUUUUAAUUUAAUUUAAAACUACUGUAAGAAAAGCAGAGCUGUUCUUCCUUUCUAUGCUCACAACUUUCUCAUUUUUCUUCUAAGUUCUGCUAUUUUUCUUCCUUUCUCUCACUAGAUCUCUCUACUAUCAACUCUGCUCUUUCUUUCACUUCUCUGCUCUUGUGGGUUUUCCAUCCAUUCUAAUAGAUUCAGAAAACAAUGGAACUGUAAAUAUUGAUAUCAUAUUAUCAUCUGCUGUAAAUUUGGGUCAGUGGAGCUUGUGUUCACUCUGUUCAGUAUAUCUCUUUGAUAGCUCCCUGCUUUUGAAGACAUGACUCACUUGACGGAUGAAACAGCAGAUGUAUUAUCAAAUUUGCUUGAAGUUUGCGCAAAUAAUGAUGUGGAGGGGUUUAGACGAUUGAUUGAAGAUGAUCCAUCUGGAGUCGAUGAUUUUGGACAAUGGUAUGUUCGGAAAAAAGGCUCAAAAACGAUGGUCUUUGUGCAUAUAACUCCUUUAAUGGUUGCCUCAUUGUAUGGAAAUAUCGAUAUUCUGAAACUGAUUCUCUCUCUCUCAAUGGUCGAUGUCAACCGGCCAUGUAGAGAGGAUAAAAGCACUGCACUGCACUGUGCUGCAUCUGGUGGUUCUGUGAAUGCUGUUGAUGCUGUGAAGUUGCUUCUUGAGGCAGGUGCUGACCAUAAUGCACUUGAUGCUGAUGGGCGUAGACCUUUGGAUGUUAUUAUGGUCUCACCGAACAGAAAUGACGUGAAAUUUGCCCUGGAAGAACUUCUUGCCGGUCAUGGUUCUAUUAGCGAGCGGAUUUUGAGGGUGUCCAGUACUACUUCAAACUCAAAUUCACCACCGCUCUCUUCCUCGCCCAUAAAUGGAUAUCCUUCGUCCUCUUCGGACUCUCCGCCUUCUCCUUUGAAAUCAAAGCUUGAUGACCCUCAAGCUAUAUCUUACACAUCCGAGAAAAAGGAAUACCUCGUUGAUCCCUCUAUACCUGAUAUUAAGAACAGCAUUUAUGCUUCUGAUGAGUUCCGUAUGUUUUCCUUCAAAAUCCGCCCUUGUUCUCGUGCCUAUUCUCAUGAUUGGACAGAAUGUCCUUUUGUUCAUCCAGGUGAAAAUGCUCGGAGAAGAGAUCCGAGAAAAUUUCAUUACAGCUGUGUUCCUUGUCCAGAAUUCAGAAAAGGUGCUUGCAGGAAAGGAGAUAUGUGUGAAUAUGCUCAUGGAGUUUUCGAGUGUUGGCUCCACCCAGCUCAAUAUCGUACACGCCUUUGCAAGGAUGGCUUAAUAUGCGCAAGACGGGUUUGUUUCUUUGCUCAUACACCUGACGAACUGAGGUCUCUUUAUGUGUCUACUGGCUCUGCCGUUCCCUCACCCCGCUCGAGUGUCUCGAGUUCUAUGGAUUUUGCUGGAACUAUGAACUUUUUGCCUGGAUCUCCUUCAUCGCUUAUGUCACCGCCAGCAUUCGCUACACCAUUGUCUCCAUCAGCUCAUAAUAGCAUGUCUCACUCUUCCCUGGACUGGCUGCAGCCAGACAUUCCAUCAUUACGUCUCCCAGGCAGCAAUCUUCAGUCGAGUAGGCUAAGAUCGUCCCUUAACGCUCGAGAUAUUUCAGCCGAAGAGUUUGAUAUGCUGCAAGAUUACGACUUGCAACAACAGCAUCAGCUUCUGAAUAAGUUUUCCUGCUGUUCUAUGAAUCCCAAUCCUCUAACAUGUCCUAAGCCUUCUAACUUGGAUGAUCUGUUUUCUGCUGAAAGUUCCUCUCCACGAUACAACGGUCAAGGGAUUGUUUCUCGUGCUUACUCACCGACUCACAAUUCUGCCGUUUUUACCCAGUUCCAGCAGCAGCAAGGCCUACUCUCUCCAAUCAAGACAAAUUACUCCCCUAAAAAUAUAGUUGAGCAUUCAUUGAUCUCUGGAAGAAUGUCUCCUCGAAAUGUGGAACCCAUCUCACCAAUGAGUUCUCGGGCUUCAAUUAUUUCUCAACGGCAACACCAGCUUCAUCAGUUACGCAGCCUCAGUUCUCGGGAGUUGGGAUCCAACUUGGGUGCCAUUGUAGGCUCUCCUAUUCAUUCUUUGUCGGGAUGGGGUUCCUCCCAUGGUAAACCAGACUGGGGUACCAAUACAGACGAGUUGGGUAAACUCAGGAGAUCGUCAUCUUUCGAGUCUGGGAACAACAGCGAUGAGCCUGAUUUCUCGUGGGUUCAGGCACUUGUCAAAGAAUCAUCACCUACCGAGAUCAAAGAGAAUGGUUCUGGUGAGACCUAAUCGGUGGUCGACGAUUCUCAUUCGAGCCCACCAAGCUUAAGUAGUAGAUAUAGCUGAAGCCUGAAAGGUUUUGUGACAAUGGUACGAGCCCUUUGCUUUUGGAAUUUUGAUCGAAAGCAACGAGGCGAGUUAGGUAGCAGAAAGUAUGGAGCAAGGUAAGCAGAUAUAAGAUUUUCUUUUGUGAUUUUGCUAGUUGAAUGAUAUUCAUUCUAACAACAUAUUCAUGCCGAUGUUAAUUGUAGUUUAGAAAAGUUGAAAUCUUGUGGCAUCAUCUUUCCUAGAAGCCAUGGCGCUUCUCGGCCAUUAUUUUGAAAGGCUUGGCCUCGGCCUCGUCGAUUUUGUUUUGUAUGCUAAGCAAUAUUACAUUAAAAGAAUUAUAAAAUCUUUUGUAUCUUCCAUCUUUUUUCA